AUGGAGAUCGAGAUUUUGAGUGCCUCCGGGUCCAAACCUUUAGGAAAGAUACAAGUAUCUCCAGAUUCAACAAUAAAAGAUGUAAAAGACAAGAUUCACCAAAGCAUUAAAAAAUCUUUGUACCCUGACCGGCAAUCCAUAAAGUUAGAAGCUAGAGGAAAGACGUUAAAGGACGAGGAUACGCUUAAGGCACUGAACAUAAAAGAUUCUUCCAAAUUAUACGUCAAAGACCUGGGUCCUCAAAUAUCGUGGAAAAACGUAUUUUUGGCAGAGUACGCCGGGCCAUUGUUCAUAUAUUUAUGGGUUUAUCAAAGGCCAUGGAUUUUAUAUGGAGCUCAAAAUUCUGUUUCGAAAGAAGUAGUGACAGUUGCUGCUGCAUGUUGGACAUUACAUUAUGGCAAGAGGCUUUUAGAAACUCUUUUUGUGCAUCGCUUCUCACAUGGAACAAUGCCACUGAGUAACCUAUUCAAGAACUGUUCAUACUAUUGGUUGUUUACCUUAUAUGUGGCUUACCACAUCAAUCAUCCGCUUUACACUGCUCCUUGCAACACAUGUUACUAUGUGGGACUUGCAGGCUUCAUUGUGUGUGAGCUGGGUAAUCUUAGCAUCCAUUUGUUGCUGAAAAAUUUACGCCCACCUGGCACCAAACUCAGGCGCAUACCAGUUCCUGAUGGAAAUCCCUUCUCUCUGCUCUUCAACUUCGUGUCUUGCCCUAAUUACACUUAUGAAUUUGGGUCAUGGCUGUUCUUCACUAUUAUGACUAAGUGUGCACCAGCUGGAUUAUUUGCUGCUGCCGGCUUCUAUCAGAUGGCGGUAUGGGCGAUCGGCAAGCACCGAAAUUACAAGAAAGAAUUUGCUGACUAUCCCAAAGGGCGUAAAGCAAUCUUACCUUUUAUUCUAUAA